UUGCUACCGGGCCCAAACAAAGCAUCGGCGAUUUGUGUGAUUGCUAUUCUCGACCACCGGAUUUUGCAUAGCGACGAAAAUAACCAUUCCCGACCCUUCUCUCCACUCUCGUCUUCUUUCCGAUUGGUGGUCGGUGGGCAGAAGGGGGACAUGAGAGACGCCUCAAGCUUCAGUGCAGCAGCAGCGGCAACUGUACCGAAAUUACCAUUCUGCCAACUUGGUUCAUUCCCCUUUCUUGGUCUUACUAAACCCACUCUCCUCCCUUAUAAAACCUUCUAUUCACAUCCCCUCCCCUCUUCUUCUCAUCCUCCCCAUCAUCAUCUGCCCUCUCGGAAUCCCAUUUCCGCCUCUCUCCGGUUCGCCGCCGCCGCCGCCGCCGUCGCCGCCGCCGCAGAGCAAGCAGCAUCCAUGGCGGCGCCAUCCGCUGCAGAGUCCAAGCCCUUCUCCGUGCUUUUCGUUUGCCUCGGCAACAUCUGCCGAAGCCCUGCCACGGAGGCCGUGUUCAGAGACCUUGUCCGCAAGAGGGGAUUGGAGUCCAAAUUCUGGAUCGAUUCCGCCGGCACCAUCGGCUACCACGAAGGUAAUCCAGCGGACUCAAGGAUGAGGGCAGCAUCCAAAAGGCGUGGGAUCGAGGUGACUUCGAUCUCGAGGCCGAUUCGCCCCUCCGAUUUCAAGGAGUUUGAUCUCAUACUAGCCAUGGACAUGCAAAACAGAGAUGAUAUAUUGAGUGCCUAUGAGAGAUGGAGAUUCAAAGAGCCCCUCCCAGAAGAUGCCCCGAAGAAGGUGAAGCUGAUGUGCUCCUACUGCAAGAAACACGAGGAAACUGAAGUCCCAGAUCCUUACUAUGGAGGCCCUCAUGGAUUUGAAGAAGUCUUGGAUCUUCUGGAAGAUGCUUGUGAAGCUCUACUUGACAGCAUCCUGGCAGAGAAUACUCAUAUUUCUAUUUCAUAGUCCCUUAUAAAUGAAUAGCCUGAAAGAAUUCUUAGGGAGAUGUUCUUUCAGUGAACCACGAGCCCAUGCAUUUGACCAUCUUUUCAAUUCUACUGCAUUCAUCCUUGUAAGUUGCUAUGGCAAGUGAAUUACACCUCUUGCGACUUAUUAUGAUGUUUCUUUGAGAUAGUAGGAUUGAGUAUUCUUGAGGAUUAUUAAAAUAUUUACAGAAAAAGACAAAAAUAAAAGAAAAAGAGAGAGAAAAAUGAUUUUAUUUCUCUGUCCUGUCAUA